AUGGGAUUUCCAACAGAGGUUGUGUUGCCAAAGGUGUUCAUUCAGCUUCUUUCUGUAUUAGCCUCCAUCCGGAAACUCGUUACUGUCUUUUUCUGUUAUUUUGGUUUCGAAUCCGACUUCUCCUUCCCUGAGACGACGCCUGAAUUUCAAUCCAUGAAUCCGCGGCUGCUCAUAAGAGAAAUCCUUCCGGUGGUGAAAUUCUCGGAGCUAGAGCUGGCGGUGGUAGAAUGCUCACAGGACGGCUGUGCCGUUUGCCUAUACGAGUUCAAGGCGGAGGACGAGAUCCAACGGCUGAGAAACUGCCGUCACUUGUUCCAUAAACACUGCCUCGACCGUUGGAUGGGAUACUAUAAUACAACAUGUCCUUUGUGCCGCACAAGUUUCCUACCUCAACAUCACAUGCAAGAAGAUAGAUGA